UCGAGCAGGAAGUUUGUAAUGUGUGGAGCCAGGAAAAUGACUUGGAAAGGGGUCGUGGAUAAGAUUGGCGAUCGGACACAUGGUGCAGACCGUCGGGCGAGACUGUGGUUUCAUCUUCGUCCCGUCAGAUAAAAGUCGGCGUUAGUAUAAAAUGGAGAAAUGAUGAAAGGAGAAAGGGUUGGAGACAUGUCAAUCUCCCCUUCAAUGAAACGGGUGGUCCUGCGACAACUACUGUGGGAAUUGGCUGCUCGGCGACUUCUUCCUUUUCGACUUCCUCGAUCACGUCGGGUUCAUCAGCUGCAAGUCCACUAAUUUCUCCCCAAAGUGGAGCUGGAGUUCCUUGAAGAGCUUCACGCGUGGUAUAAAACGUGCGCUAAGCGUUGGCGCCUUCAUCAGUGGUAAUGAACUCCCAAGUAUCCAGUGCGGGACCAAGUGCAAGGACGCGUUCAGAAUCACCAGAAGUGCCCUGUGCCGUGAACUGAAGAACUGAUACUCCAUGUUGAGUGGCAGCACGACCGAGGAGUUGAGCUGUGGAGAGGAGAUUGAAACCAAGGCCGGCGACGAUAAGAACGUUGGUAACAUGUAUCGGACGACGAAAUUGACGUUGGUUGGUGAUGAAGCUUGUUUCAGCAGAGCACAUGUGCCAACCGCAAUAGCUGUCGAGAUACCAAGUAUUGGGUCCUAAAAUGACUCGAGCAAGGUUAGCGUAAACUUGCGAUGCAAAGACCGGAGGACGAUGCUGUGACGGCGACGUAUUCUGCGGUGGUUUCGGCAUCUGCUGCAUCUGGGUCGUCGACUGCUGCGUUGGCUGAUGUGACUUCGGUAACUGCUGCGAACGAUGAUGUGGCAGUGAAGUGCUGCGACGGUUUUGAUGGCGACUGCGACAAGUCUGGUCAAGAUCUUGCUGUUCUGCUUGAAGAUACGAAGAAAUUUCAGCUUCGGAAAGAUUCGGGUUCAUGCGCAGGAAGGCGCGCGUCUGUCGCCACUCGGGACCAAGUCCAGCAAGAAGGACCGUGAGAUACAUCUCACGAGGGAAGUAUCCCCCACUCUUCUCCAGUUGAUCUCAUAGUGUACUGACGCGAUUGACGUAAUCCAUGACAUUCUUGUUUGUCAUCAUCUGCACACUUGUCAGUUGUGAAAGAAUUUUACUCACUGUAAUUGUAUCCUUUGCCAUGUACACCCCCUUUAAAUGGUUCCAUGCAGUUUCAGCUGGCGUAAAGCUUGAAUGAAAAGAUCGAACGCCGAGCUGCUCCUUUGGCGGAUACAUAAAUUCGCCGGUGAAGAGCGGCCAUAGCCCAGUGGACUGUGCCAGAAGAUCGAACUCGAAGCUCCAGGAGUAAAAAUCAACUUCGUUAAAAGGGGAAAGCCCGAAAAUGUAGAAGAGCUGUUGCUGCUGCGACUGUGGCUGCUUCGCAAAAGUCGAUGAAAUCCCUGGAGUACUGACAGAAGGCGGAUUUUGCUGCAUGCCGAUGUGCGCAUAAGCCG